ACAAUAGUGCGCGAGCCUUCACACAAAAUGUACGACAAAAUCACCAAUGGUUGGGUUCUGACAACCUGGGUAAACCGGUGCAGCGAAGACUUAGAAUGCCUGGACUUAGAAGACGAGCAGCCCCUUGCCCAACUCAGUUCUAUGCAAACAGACAAGAUGACUCUCUUCUUCACCGAGCUUCUGGACCACGACCGAGAUGACGUCAUCAUCGACACAGACUUCGAUCAAUUCUUCGAGCGGUUGGCGCAUUUUGCGGACUGGUCGCCUAACUCAUCCGAGUUCCACAUACUGCUUGAAGUCAAGCGUGAAUUUAUAGACCACUUCAUCAAUCCGUUGCCAGCCAAAUGGGGUGAUCUGCCGUAUUAUAGAAGAGUGUGUGGCCCCGAAGCGAGCGGGAUCAACAUGCCAGGCAGAACCACUCUGGACGGCUGGCUGGCACGCUGGGCGCUACACCUCAGUGAAAUGAAACGGUUUACAGACUUACCUCUGUAUCUGCAGUACCUCUGCAAGAUACUUUUCCAUGUCAUUGAUAGGACAAGCACAGGUGCUAUAACGAAACCAGCUCUAGCCGCUUUUUACCGGUCGGUGAUAGGCCUGAAUGCGGCGCGAAUUGACGAGAUUAUAGACACAGCGUACGAUCGCAUGACUAGCAAUGGUUACUUAAUACUGGACUACGGGACGUACGUCCACUGCUUUACCAACUGGCUGAUGGGCAAGAACCCCAACGGGCCAGGCCAGUGGGUCCUAGUUCCUCCAAAGGACUCUCUACCUCCGCCCCCAUUCCCCGUAGACUACAGCGCCCUCAACACGGAGCCUGCGAAGUUAGAACCCUAUGCACCAGACAAGAAGACUAACAGACAUUCAGUCAUCGUGUAAAGACUAAAAAUGUUUUUGAAGAGUAACUAUCGUGAGACAUAUUAAUUUAUUGGAAAUAACGACUUAAUCACGUGAAUUAUCCGAGGAAAACUCUACUAGAAAAGGCUACGCGACGUCGCCGUAACGCACACGCUGCUCAUGAAUAAGAGUCCCGUCGUGACUUGAAACU